CACACUAAUGGGCUCCAAUAAUGGCGCCUGUGAUUUAAAACGCACAGGAUUAUGGGAGUCUGUCCUAUUCUUUUUAUUAUCCUUGAUUUGUUCAGGGAAACGGGAAUGCCCAAUCAAUUGAAACGUUUCCUAUGCUUCAAGUCCCUCUCCUGUCUGUCAGUCAGUCAGUCAAAAUGCUCAAGAUCUUCAUUGGGUUGGUGGUCGCAGGUUUGGUAAUCGCCUUGGUUCUGGAAAACUACAACACCGCAAAGCACCCCAAAAGAAGCAUUAACAACAGCAAUUCCAAUGAUAGGAAUCAUCAUGGGGAUAUCUUUUACAACACCCACCCAUAUCCUGGAGCGGAGAUGGAUAACAUAUUUUGGUUUGUGCAGGUGUCCGACAUACACAUCAGCCGCUUUCAAGACCCCAGGAGAAUUACCGACUUUGAGGAAUUUUGCUCGGAAACUAUAGAUGUCAUUAAACCAGCCCUUGUUCUGGCAACAGGGGACCUGACAGACGCAAAGACGUCAAGUAAGCUUGGAUCCCAGCAGUAUGAGGUGGAGUGGCAGGCCUACCACAACAUCCUGAAGAGGUCGAGGGUGCUGGAGAGAACCAAGUGGAUAGACAUAAGGGGGAACCACGAUGCCUUCAAUAUAAUAUCUCUUGAAAGUGUCAACAAUUAUUACAGGAAAUAUUCAGCCACCAAGAAAGAGGGCUCCUUCCACUACAUUCAUCAAACUCCCUUUGGGAGUUACUCUUUCAUCUGUGUUGAUGCCACCCUCACCCCUGGACCCAAGAGACCGUUUAAUUUCUUUGGCAUUUUAGACCAGACUCGAAUGGACGAGCUGUCAAUUCUAGAGUCCAAGAGCCUUAAUAGUAACCAGUCUAUUUGGUUUGGCCAUUAUACAACAUCCACCAUUAUCUCCCCGUUCCCAGGGAUACGGCAAAUAAUGAGCUCAGCAGUGGCUUACCUGUGUGGGCACCUGCACACUCUUGGAGGGCUGAUGCCAGUGCUGCACAGCCGGCAUCCACAGGGUACUCUGGAGCUAGAGCUCGCUGAUUGGAAGGACAGCAGAAGAUUUCGUGUCCUGGCGUUUGAUCACGACCUCCUGAGCUUCUCAGACCUGAGUUUUGAAGAGUGGCCGGCUGUCCUGAUCACCAAUCCCAAGGCAGCAAAAUAUACCAACCCAGCGGUCGAGCCCCUAGGAAGGAUCCAGAGCUCCACGCACAUCAGGAUUCUAGCCUUCUCGGCAGCCCAGAUCACUGCUGUCUAUGUGCAUAUUGACGGGAAGCUCUUGGGGGAAGCACGGCCUGUGAAAGGACCUCUUUUCACCCUUAAAUGGGACCCUAUGAGAUAUACGAAAGGACUUCACAACAUUGAGGUCAAAGUUGAGGAUGCUGCUGGCAGGUCAGCAGUGAGACACCAUGAAUUCACCCUGGAAAAUGAUGCGUCUCUGGGCUUCGGGUUCCUGCAGUCCUUCAUCCUCCUGACUGACCACUACAUUCUGGCUAGAGUCACCUUUGUGUUCCUGGUACUGGUUAACCUAGGUUUGAUUGUUACCUUUCGUUACCUGGGACCACCUGCACUAAAAGAUUCCUCAGGGUUUGCCUGCCAGGCAAGGCUGUCUCUACACCUUUUUUGUAAAACCAACACAUUGUACUACUCCAGCCUGCUCUUCACUCUCUGCACUGCCUUUGGUCCCUGGUUCAUUGGAGAGAUGAUUGACGGUCACAGUGGGGCCUGUUUUGCUUUCGGGGUGUUUAUUGAAGGACACUUGCAUGAAGGAAGCUUGACGUUUGUAGUGGGUGUUCUACAGUUAGUCUUCUUUAACAUCCCUCUGACCUGCUACCUCUGCUGGAGCAUGUAUCUGCGUUGCCAGGGGAACUGUUUCCGGACUCAUUUCCGGAGGGCGGGUAGGGUGCAGUCGUUGAUGGUGAACGUGGUCAUGUUGGCACUCUUACUCUGGCAGACAUACUCCUGCUACUUUCUACUGGAGACCUACGGAACCACCGCCUGCCUGCUGUCCCCCCUGCGCACAUGGGCCCUUGUUUUGGGGCUCCUGCUGAUCCGAUAUGCCUGGACCUGCCACCCUCCACGUCUCCGGCAAUUCAUCAAGAGCAGCCAGCCAUCUUGAUAGAUUUUGUCUGUCAAUUUAAUUCUCAAUCUUACAAGACGCACAUAUUUCAAUUUGUAAAGGGAUUUGUGUCCGUUGGACUCCUUACUCUACAGGAAUGAUAAAGAAGACCCUGUUUUUUAUUGUGUUUUAUAUAUGAGAAUUUGUAGCACAUGUGGAAUUAUGUGAUUUACAGGGAAUCAUGCUGAUCUGGGAAUUCUGAAAUCUUUGAGGCCCAACAGGUGAUAUGUUUGAGACCAAAUGUGCCUGUAAGCACAACAGUAUGGACUACUUUGUGGUGGUUGUGUGUCGUACUGCAUAUUUACGACAAUUUUACACAUUAAGUUUCUUUUUAAAAAUGGGCUUAAAUCGGGCUUUUUUAAUCACACACAAGAAUUUGAGUUUGUAUCAAUUUAAAAAAAAAAAAACUGUUAGCAAAUAAAACACCAAACUUUCAUUUUACUUACCGUAUCUCUUCAAAUUAAAAUAAAUGCAUCUGUGUAAAACUGCCUAAAACAGCUGAUGCUUUUAUUCAAGGUUGGCACUUGCUGUAAAGCCAUAAAUAUUUGCGACCAAAAUAUUUGGUGAAUCACACCCAUAAAACCUAUUUUGCUCUACAAAUGUUGGCAACCUGUUGCAAUAUACAAAGUAUUUAUUGUUAGUGGAAUUUGAUAUAUGCGAAAAACGCAUAAUAAAAGGCUUUACAUAUUUAUGGAGUUACACGGUUUUGGAAGUAGCACGGUUCGAGGGUGGCGACCUUCUUUUCAGCGGUGGCGUUUAUUGGAAGUUAGCACGGUUUGAGGGUCACAACCUUUUGCAAAUCUGUUUCCUCUAUUUGUUUUUUGUUGAGUGGACCGUUUACUCGAGGGUGGUGUCUAUUACAAAACUGAUAACUGAGUGCAGCGUUUAUUCAAGGGUGGAUUAAUUUGAGGAUAUACGGUAUUAUUAAAUUGUAGAGAUUUUUUUUUUAUAUAUAUUAACAAUUUUGGGGUAACAUCUGGUUUAACCCUAAAAUCAGAAACCCUAUGCAUAAUUGUGGAUUUAAUUAGAUGACUUGAAGACUGGCCAGCUAAAUAUGGGGCCUGGUGGCAAUGCAGUCAUUUUGUGUUUAGCGUGGAGGACAGGAAAGAAGACUGCAGUUAAGAGGACUGGGAGGCCGUUUGGACUUGGUGGUUAGAGGUGAGGACUGGUGAGAACCUGGUGGAAAGGUAUAGAUAUCAGGACUUGGCGUAACAUGGCAAGGUGACCUGACCUGUUUCUGCUACUAGCACAAUGUACCCUUACAAUGAAACUGCAUAUGUAGGAGCUGCUAUGAUUUAAUGAAAUCUGGAAAGUGAAGGACUGUACAAUAUAAAUGAACUUUUUUAUAUUUAAUUAUAAUUGUAUUUAAAAGUGCAGCAUACCUAUAACUUGCCAAAUCACUCUGGUUUUCAGUUUCACUUUUCUUCUGGCCUUGCACAACAAGAACUAUAACUAGUGCUGAAACGAACCUGAUUUUUCAAUGUUAGAAUAUCAAUCUUUGUCUGAAAAACAAUAUACAGCUAUGGCCAAAAGUUUUGCAUCACCUUAUACAAUUAACUAAUUUUGCUUCAUAAAGUUGAAUGAAACCUGCUGAAUAAUGUUACAGGGUUUGAAAUUAACUUUUCCAUGCACUAGCCACCAUGGCUAGUGGAUCGAAAAGUCCACCGGCCACACAGACAUUUUACCGGCCAAAUCACACAGGCAGCAAGAAACGGGGCAUCACAAAGAUCUGAAAAAAGUCCAGAAACAGAUAAACCCCUCGUUUUAUCUACAGUUUGCAGGAAAUAAAAAAAAAGAUCUUCAACGGCAAUCUGAAGUAUUUUGUUCUAGCAAUGUUUAGUUUUAGAGAAAGCAAGUGUUUAUUGUCAACUGACUACUUGGGUACACUAGCUACAUUGUAUGAAAAAAGUUUCAAGGAAUUUCAUUAAUAUUUUUUAAAGAUGCAAGCCCACUUUGUUUAAAAUAAUAAAUUAACAAGCGGUGUAUGUAUGUAAAGAUCACAACCGAGAGUUUACAGUAACAUAUGAUCUGUUCAUCUACAUGAUCGCUCAGCUAAUACAAAUCUCAUUCGUUGACAUACAGAGCUACAUGUAAAUGCUGUGUGCAUACACAACCAAACAAUACAGCCACUCACAUAUAUGUAUUUUAAAGGAAAUAAAUGCAGUGCCUAACCAAAUGUGUUUUUACAUCAAUUUCCACGAUUUCACUGACUUGUUCAAAUUCACGAUUUUUGUGACCUCCGUGACAAUCAUAUCCUUAUUCAUCGUAAAUACCAAAGAGUUCACUUUAACGUGGUUGCAUUAUAGUUUACUAGCAGUCAUUUAAAUCCCUUUUUCAGAGUUUGUAGCAUGCAAAACAACAACAGAAAGUACUGUAUAUAUAUAGAUAGAUUUUUUUUUCUCAAUCCUAAAAUUCUAGGUGAUGCAAAACGUUUGGCCAUAGCUGUACAUUAUAGCAGUGUACUGCUAUCAAGAAAAACACUGCCAUACAGUAGAAUGUGUUAUAUUAAAUAACCAGAUAAAAAUGUAUUUUGUAUAUUAUUGCAUAAUUACUUUGACAAAUAGUCUUAUAGGGAGAAUUGUUUUAAAUAACAAUGUUUGCCCCAGCAGUAAACUGUUCAGUAGGAUAUCUUUGGUGCCCCCUGGUGGUUAGCAGCCUUGGCAAGCCUCCUGAACAGGCAUUACUGUACUUUAGGGGAGAGUGAAAAUACAUUAAAUUGCAGGAUUAUACCCGAAUGCUGAAAGGUCAGUAUGAGGCUAGGAGUCUGUUAAUGGUUUGGAGAAGAUAAGUACAUAUUUAAAGCAGUUAUGUUUACCACAAAGUGUGCAUUGGACCCUAAAAAAGGAAUUUCCUCCCCAACAUUAAUGACAACUGUGGGGAUUUACUGAAAGUGAAUAUAACAUAUAUAUACAUAUUUUCAAAAUGAAAAGACUUCAUUGUUCAACGUAUCUAACAAUAAGGUAAUCCAACUAUAAGCAAACAUCUACUCACUCGCUCGCCAUUUACUGUCUCUGCCUCUGAGGGCAGCAGUGUGGAGUAGUGGUUAGGGCUCUGGACUCUUGACCAGAGGGUUGUGGGUUCAAUCCCCAGUGGGGGACACUGCUGUUGUACCCUUGAGCAAGGUACUUUACCUAGAUUGCUCCAGUAAAAACCCAACUGUAUAAAUGGGUAAUUGUAUGUAAAAAUAAUGUGAUAUCUGUAUGAUGUGAAAUAAUGUAUAAUGUGAUAUGUUGUAACAAUUGUAAGUCGCCCUGGAUAAGGGCGUCUGCUAAGAAAUAAAUAAUAAUAUUGGUACACAUAUAUGUUUAAACAAUUUCACUGUCCCUACUAUUUCCCCUCCAAGUGUUGUGUUGCAUCUCUCUUCUAUGUAUUCUUCUUUCUGCUGCUGUCGAUAAUAUAAAUAACUUGGUUAGGAAGGGCUUGAGUAACCAGAUGCUGCUAGGUAAUGUCUGGUACUCUUGCUUCUAGUGCCUUGGCUCAACCCAGCUGUUAUACUAAAGGUAUGGUCCCCUUACUGAUAAGGAUGUUAAAGGAAUGUUUUCUUUUUAAUUAAUACUCCACUGUGUGUAUUUUAAACUGUGAGGUUAUGCAGUGCUGUGAAUCAGAAUUUAAUUAAAACAAUUUUUUUAAAAA